AUGGCGGCGAUCGCGAGCUUCGUCCCAGUUGCGUCGAUCCGCGCUCGUGGUAGUGAGCAGAGAAUUAGAUCUUCCUCUCCAUCUUUGUCUGUGGCUUCUUCGUCCUCACAAAAGGAUGCAGUGAUGGAUCUGAUUAGCAGCAGCACCGCAAAGGGCAAGGCGUGGUGGAGUCCUCUCUUCAAUUUCUCCUCCUCGUCGCAGCAGCAGGACUGGGCUGCGCAAGACGAUGCCAAAGAACUCGCUCCAAAUGUAGAUCUAGCAGCCAAGAACACCUCGGACAAAUUCAGGAUUCUUCGCCAGCGGCUUAAGGGCUUGGAUGCCCACCACGACACGAUGUACCACUCCUCGAUCGCCUCGCGCCUGGCCACGCAAUAG